UAAGUGAUAGUAUUAAUUAUUAAAUAUGCUGUUCAAAUAAUACUUAUAUUAUUAUUUUAUUAAUUCUUUUAGUUUCUUCUUUACUAAAAAGUUUCAUAAUUUAACUUAAUUUACCUACUUUAAAUUUUAAUGUCUCGUCUAAAAGGAUGGAAGUAUGUUGCAUUCCUAUCAGCUUUUGUUGGUGGCAUAGGAUUAGCAACUUACCCAAUCAUUAUUUAUCCAAUGACGCACAUUGAAGAUUAUAAAAAGUCACAAGAGCUGAAUCGUGCACAAUUAGAUCAAUCUAGAAUACAGCCUGAAGUUCCUGGGAAUAUGAAUAAAUGGACUGAUCCAUUUGAACGAAAGAAUAAUGACUGACAUUAUUGUAAACCAGAACAAUAAAUUUUUUUUUACAAUCAUGUGGAUGUAUUUUUAUCUGAGACUGAUAAAAAAAAAUGGUUAUAUGUUGGUGAAUAGAUGUUUUAUGUUUAACU